CACUGGCCCCGCGAGCCGCCGGCGGCGGGAUGGUGAGCGCCGGCUCGGGUCGCUUCCCAUGUGCCUUGGCAGUGCUGCCCGGCUGAAGGGACACGCUGGGCUCAGGAUUCACUUUCUGAAAUGAUCAACUCUGCAAAUUUCUGUGCACAUCUUUCUUCCGAUAUGAGCAGAUCAAUAGGAUUUCACAUUUGCAUGGUCAUGUGCAGCAUCCUGCUCAGCUCCAUCAGCCUGCAAUGUCUAACCUUUCAGAAACCGGAGAAAGACACAGUACGGCUCCAACAAACUGCACUGGCAGGGAAUGGGCUAGAAGACAAGAGGAUGAGCAUGCAAAGUUUGGAAAAUAACGUAGGCCCUUCUGAGCAAUCGACCAGCGUUGCUGUCUCAGAAGAGCCAUCUGGAGUGUUAACAGAGGCAUCUGGGACUUCAUUAAACAAGAUCUUCACUGCUAAAGGAGAAACGCAACACACAAGUCUUAGUGAUAAUCUUUUCAUAGGCAGUAAGAGCCUCAAUGUUUACCCCCCUACAGUGUCAGUGGUUGUGGCGGAUGAAAGUGAGUUCAGUCCCACUGGAUCAAGCAAAGAGUCGAGUGAAAACGGGCUACUGAAGCCCAUGCUAACUACGGCUUUAACUACUCUCAAUCCAGACAUUGAGGCUGAUGUGCUCAGUAGUACUGUGUUCAAGACGACAGUAGAAGGUAGCACAGAGGCAGGGCAUACUUUUAUUAGCAACCAGGUUAAUCACUUUUUUAGGAUGGAUGCUGUGGAAGGAGGGAAGAAGGCAGAUGGUAGUUCCGAGCUCUCAACUACACCCCAGUUUAGCAAUGAAGAAUUGCCAACUCUGCACCCCAGAACCCAGGACUUAGAAGCGGUGAGUGACUACCCCACGAACCCUUUACUUUUGGCUCAUCAAACAGCUGAUUCUGAGCCUGGAACACUGGAGCCAAAUGUAGGGAGCCCUUUGCAGUUGACAGAUGCUCGUGCUUCUGCCCUCACUGCGAAACAGACAUUUGUAUCCACUGAUGCCUCCCUAAAUUUGGAAACAAAAAUGGACAGCAGGCAAGGAAGCUUGCAAGUGGCAGCUAGUGCUGUCACAGGCGCUCCAGCUGUCUCUGUACUGAGUGAUGAUUGGGAUGAUACAAAAUUAGGAACUAUAAGUCAGGUAAGAGGCUCAAAGCAUGAGGAGAAAAAACAGAACGAUGUGAUAGCGGAACCUCCUUGGACAAAGGGAGGAGAGGAUGAUGAAGAUGAUGUGAAAAGAGGCAUGCCGUUUACAGCUUCUGCAUAUGCAACAACCAUUAAACUAGGAAAAGACGUGUACUCUGGGCCAGCACAGGUAUCAAUGCAGGGGGAGAUGAUGUCAACAGUUUCCGCUGGCCAAACUUCUGUUUAUCUCACAAGUCCCUUGGCAGAAGCUGAAGUGACUGCUAUAAAUACAAAGAAAAAUACAGAACCCGUCACAAUGGAUGAUAGGAAAAGCGUCUCCUUGUCAUUGCCAGAGACUGUUACUAUGACGGACACAAAAUCCAGUAUCUUCCUUACCCUGGAAAAUUCAUUAAAAGGUGUUACUCAAGAUACGAUGCCAGCCAGUCAAGAAACUGAUGCCACCUUGCUAGUCAUGACACCAGCAUGUGUACACGAGACCACAAGUGAAGCUAGCGUGACAGAGGAAGAAAGCAAGGGGGCAACCCUGAUACCGACUAUUACUGGUGUAGCCCAGCUGUCGGAGAAGUCAGAACACUCAGCCACUACCGUCUCCUUUACUGCCACCCAUUUGUCUGUUGCAAAAACCUCGGAUGCAGAAGGUGUUACUCAAGAUACGAUGCCAGCCAGUCAAGAAACUGAUGCCACCUUGCUAGUCAUGACACCAGCAUGUGUACACGAGACCACAAGUGAAGCUAGCGUGACAGAGGAAGAAAGCAAGGGGGCAACCCUGAUACCGACUAUUUCUGGUGUAGCCCAGCUGUCGGAGAAGUCAGAACACUCAGCCACUACCGUCUCCUUUACUGCCACCCAUUUGUCUGUUGCAAAAACCUCGGAUGCAGAAGUAGUCUUAACAGACCUGGUCACUGUCUCAGAUGAGGAAGCAGUCACUGCUCUUCCCGAAUCCUCAGAGACCCUCGCUGGAAUGAGAAUGCAGGUGGAGGAGCUGACCAGCAGAACUACGACCCUGGCAACUCCAGCUUUGAUGGCAUCUUCUGUAAGGAGAACAGUUGUUCCAUCUGUGAGGCAGAUUAGCACAGCUGUCACCUACGGAUUGGACCGGCUGGAGUCGGAAG